AUGUAGAUCAUAUCAUAUUAUAAAACUUUUUUUUUGUUCAAUAAAAGAUGGAAUUAACCAAAAGUUAAAGAGCAGUUGAAAUAAUCAAUUUAGUAGAAGAUGUAAUAAGGAACAAUUCCUAGCGAUAAAAUAAUUAAUGAAAAAAUGCUUAUAACUGAGUAUUGGAGUUAAUGGCUUGAUCUAAAUUAAACAGAUUUCUUAUAGUUGAUUUAAAAGAAUCCAAGAUUAACUGUAUAAGACCAUCAAGAUAUAUAAAGUUUGAUUUUAGAUGAAAAUGCAAGAAUGGGUAAUUGGGUGUUAGGUAUGAGUAUAUUUACAUAUGGUGUUUAUUUCUUGGGAUUAAAAAAACAUGCUAUGUUCUACAAUCGCUUUUAAAAGAAGAGUCCAUAUAAAAUAGUAAACUACUCUAAAAAUGCUUUGGGGUGUUUAUUAGUGAUGUCAACUUGGUCAAUAAUAUUAAAAUUUUUUUUCGAAUAAGCUAUCCCAAAUCAAUUAUCAAAAAAGGGAUUCUUGAGUAAAUACCACAUUUUAAAGGAAGAAGUAUAUUUAUGA